AUGGAUUUCUUCCUAUCCUUUGCCAAGCGCACGAGAGAAGAUCUUUCACGUGCAUUUCCCCUCGAGCAAAGGGGCUCAUCACAGUAUCUUAACCGCAGAGAUGUAACUCCCGCGAUCUGCUACGAUGACUGCAAUGGAGCCUACAUGAUUGCCCAAUCGAUGGGCAAAACCGCAAAGCUUUGUUCGAAGGACUCAUCUUUCAGGCAAUCUUACAGCAAGUGCCGCGAGUGCAUCGUGAAAAAUACAGAUACAAGCAAAGACUCGGCAGAGGACAAUCUAGAUCCCCAAUUCAGAGAGUUUAUCGAUUUCUGCGACAAAUAUGAUGCAUCAGCCAGUAGCACAGAUGCCACAACCGGCAUUGUCGAAGCCACUCCUGUAGAAACACAGUCAGUUGCAACAACAUCUUCCUCGAGUUGCAAGGUUUGUAGCACAAUGACCAUAACUGGUUACGAUGGAAAGCUGGUGAGGGCUACUAUCGACCUUGAGGCUGUCACUAGAUCCUUCACGGGGUCCAACCUAGCCACGAUUAUUGGACCUGUCAUUCCAUCCUUCUUCCUCUUGUUAGUGCUCGGUUUCCUUGCCUUCCGUUGGUACAAGCGGAGGCAAGCAUUGAAAACGCAGAAAGGCCCAGUUCCGAACGAAGAGGAGCCGAAACAGGACAAACCCCAGUUACACUCUGACUGCAUUGCUCGUCCUACUUUUGAGCUAGAGGGUUCAAUGCCAGCGGUAACGGACUUUGACAGUGCCGCAGUGAAGAAGUCAGAAAUGGCAGCAAAUGAACCUGCGGCCCACGAGAUGGCCGCAGACAAGAAGAUUGCAAGGAAGCCGGUGGGAAAUUCAGACUGA